GCCCCGCCCGCCCGCAGCCAUGCGUACUGAGCUUGUUGUCGGUCGCUUGUUAUGACUGGAGAAGGCCUCGGACUAAAUUAAAACGUUUCCCCCGUUCCUGCCCCGGGACAGCCGCGUGCUCAUGGAGGGCAUGGACAUAGACCUGGAUCCGGAGCUCAUGCAAAAAUUCAGCUGCAUGGGCACCACGGAUAAAGAUGUCCUCAUCUCGGAGUUCCAGAGGCUGCUGGGUUUCCAACUCAACCCGGCUGGCUGCGCCUUCUUCCUGGACAUGACCAACUGGAACCUUCAAGCAGCUAUUGGUGCAUAUUAUGACUUCGAGAGUCCAAACAUCAACACACCGUCAAUGUCUUUUGUGGAAGAUGUGACAAUUGGAGAAGGGGAGUCAGUUCCUCCGAACACACAGUUCACUAAGACAUGGAGGAUACAAAACACAGGUGCAGAGUCAUGGCCACCAGGUGUGUGCCUGAAGUAUGUUGGUGGGGAUCAGUUUGGUCAUGUGAACAUGGUGAUGGUGCGGUCUCUGGACCCUCAGGAGAUCUCUGAUGUGAGCGUGCAGAUGCGCAGUCCAGCCGUUCCUGGCAUGUAUCAGGGCCAGUGGAGAAUGUGUAUGGCCACAGGACUUUUCUAUGGAGAUGUGAUCUGGGUGAUUUUGAGUGUGGAGGAGGGAGGUCUGCUGGGCGUCACACAGCAGCUGUCCUCCUUCGAGACGGAGUUCAACACGCAGCCACACCGCAGUCUGGAGGGAGACUUCAACCCCUUUGCCUCACCACAGAAGAACAAGCAGGACACCAAUGAAGAUAAUCUAAAAGACCCCGGGGGCCCCUGGGAGGCCCCUCUGGACUCCAUUCAGCAAGAUCAAAAUGGACUCAAUCACAGCUCUGUAAAUAUUACACCAAAUGGUCUCCAAAACAACUUAUCAGUAGUGACUUACAGCCAGGGCAUUAAUGGACCCUUCCCGUUCGGACAGUCUUAAGGAACGGAAUCCACCUGGUAGCUCAUUGGAGCUGCUGCUUUUGCCCUUUUCUGGGGUUCAGUGAGAGGAGGAAUAGAUUUAUUCUAAAGACUUGGUGACCCUCCCUCCCCCCUGAUGCAUCUCAACAUCACUUUAAAUUGUGGACAAUUCUGUUCGGCUCCAAAUCGAUAUUCAACCAACACUGACACCCGAGUUCCGCAUGUGUGAAUGCUAGAUUUAGAUGAGUGCUAGAAUCCUAAAGAGAGAUGAAAAUACACAGAUUUUGAUUAUAUUGUCACAUAACAGCAGUAAAUUCAGAUGAAUGUGUGUGUGCUCGAAACAGAUCCAGGAUGGGUGAACAGAAAAAUGAAUGAGUGAAUCAAACGGAAACAUGUUUGUCACAUGUCUCCCUAAAAUCAAAAGAAAGGACAUUUUGCGUAAGAAAAAGAAGCCUAUUUAGGACUAUUAUGAUUAUUUGCAUUGUAACGUUAAUUUCAUGACAUUUAAACACAUUUUUGGAAAAUGUUUUUUUACCGAACAUCGUUUUUCUCUAUUCUAAGUAGUGUAAAAUAAUACCAUAGUACAAUGUUUAUUAUUAUUAUUAUUAAAUGCAGUACAACAAAUACUACCAUAAUGUAUACAUUUCUAUAUUUUUUUUUUUUGCAUUACUGAAAUGGUAAUCAUUUAUUAUUAUUAUUAUUGACACAUUACAGUAAUAAGAACUGGUGAACCAUUAAGGCUUUUGAAAAUCAUUUUCAUGACAUUUAGGCACAUUUACACCAAAAUUCGAAUUACCGAGUUCUUUUUUUAAAAAGUCCAUAUUAUUCUCAAAGUUGAUUUUCAUUACAGUAAUACAGUAAUAUUUUACUUUAUUACAGUAUAUACAGGGUGGCCUAAAAGAAAAAACAGGGCCACUAUAUUCGAUUGCUCAUAUCUUAAAAAUGCAUAAUUAUUUGGGACAUCCUAUUAUACUCAAGUACCAUGUUUAUCAUAUAAAUUAAAAGCAGUACAUCAAAUACUACCAUGAUGUGUAAAUACUUCAUGAUAUAAAUAUAAAUCAUUUUUUCACAUUGCUAAAAUGAAUGUUUAUUAAAAGGGAAAUGCUUAUUCGUCAUGAAAAUAAUGUCACAAUGUAAAACAGAUUAAUGGUCCUAAACAUAGGCUUUAUUUUCUUCAUGCGAAAUAUAAUUCAUUUCUCUUGAUUUUGGGGUGAAAUAUGACUGGGACAUGUUCUUGACAGGUUUUGUGAGAUUCACUCAAAUGUGUGUGCGUGCGAGUGUUCCAACCAUGCGCAAAAGCCAUCAACAAAUUAAAGCUUGUUAAGUAGUUUUAUAAGUUACAUCAAUGUUCUUUUACAAGCUCAGCAGUUUCAAGUAAAUAAAGGUCAAUGUGCCUACUUGGAGGUUGAAUUGGUAAAUUUCAAAAUCUCAAACAUCCACUACAUAAGUGUUCUCAAAACCUUCUUUUGGAUCCAACAGCAACAAUUAAUGCAUACUUGAGCACGUUAUGCCUCAUUUUAUUGCAAUAUGCAACUCUACUGCCAUCACACAAGUCAAAUGAUGGCUGUUGUCAGAGAUGCCCUUACUAUCUUGUUGCUGGUAUCAUGUUUGUUUACAUUUAUGUUGUUCUGCAGAGUUAUAGCGUGCUGAUGUUGGUGUCCAUUGGUAAUAAUACAUCACAGAUAAUAGCAAGCUGGAGAUGUGACUUUGGUUCCCUUGUUUACUGGCCUAAGAGUCCAUAAGCACAUCAUUGAUAUAUAUUUACCCAGUCAUAUUUUUCUGUUAUUCACCUAGACGUAAGAUGGUGUUAAGUUGUUUUAAAUGAAGGAUGAGCUGAGGGUUUUUAACGUGGGAGAAAGAGGGAAUGGGUUCAUUAAAGGAAUAUUCCAGGUUAAAUAGAAGUUAUUUCAUUGUGACUAAAUUAACAUGAAAUUGAAAGUGCAGGGGCGACCACUUGCCCCAUAGAUACAUCUCAUCUUUUUUUUGUGGUCACAGAAACUGGUGUAAGAGCUUAACUUGCAUUUAACUCAGAUAUACCUUUAAUUUCAAUUAUCUUUAAUAGUCACUGAAUGUCAAAAUUGUUAAUUUCGAGCUGAAGAGCUCCAAAUAAUAUUUUAAUGCGUGAAGAAAAUUUGUGGAAUUUAUUUGGUUUAUAAUUGUGCCUCUGUGUUGAUGGUAUGAUGGAAAACUUCUUGGAUGUUUAUAUUUAUAUCUGAAAUGCCAUUUGUUCCCCCUGUCUUACUGCAAAGGUUACACUCUUUAUAAAACAAAUGUAUCAAAUCAUAAAAAAAAAGUUCUUUUUAUUGGUCCAUUUAAUAAGAUACAAGUUGGGUCAUGCAAUGAAAGUAAAAGUGUUAAAACAAAUUACCCAGAAACCUAAAGCAGAUUAGUGUCAUCAUGUCCCGUUAAUCUAACACGUCAGUGAUUUUUGUCAAUUUCCCGAGUUUCAGAGUUCGCCAUUAACGACACCAACAUUGCGUCCAGAGUUUUAGUAUUGCUGUGGCUUCACUUUUACAUUGCAAUUAAUCUAUGCAGUGUUUUAAGGGACUUAAAUAUUCCAUAUUCCAAAAAGUUUCACUCGCAGUUAAAGCAUAAAAGCGGUAAAUGCUCUGAGGCUGGUCGCCAUUUCACAUUGCCGCAAGGACGGACAAAGACUCUUCACCUAGUGCUCUGCCCAUAGAAGGCUCAUUAGAUGAUGUCAUUGAUUUAUCAGUCAAGUCUUUGAGCUGUUCAUGUUGAAUGUCCUCAUCCCAAGCGCUGCACACUUCAUAGCCUCCUUUCGAUUUGUAAUUACACUCUGGAUUUUUAUUUCUACUUUUUGUGUUGCUUAUGCAUGUGAGAAGUGUGAUUGAUUCAUUGCUGCAUUAUUGUCUUUUUUUUUUUUAAGAUCUGCUGGGUUUUCUGCACCGUGGCGUGGUGUAUGAUUGAUCUGAGAGUUUGCAUACUAGAGUCCUGUGAUAGCACAGUGAAAAAGAGAGUAUGAAAAGCCUUUUCCUGUAUGUAAAAUUGAACAUUUGUAUGAUUAAAUUAAC